AUGGGCCACGGCGACUCAAAGAUUCCCUCCCCGCAAAUGUCCCUCGAGUCCGCUCAGAGGGGCGUCCCUCCCGUCAUCCGCGCCACAUACAAAAAGUCAUGGACAAAGAUCAUCGUCCGCCUCGGCGAGCCUGACAAGGACCCUAUCUACUGCCUUUCUCUUCCUCAAGGCUUCUACGGCAAAAUGAUCAUGCACGACGGUCCCGAUCCCGACUCGCCUGCCCUCGGUGGCGCAAAGCCAGACGGCUGGAGGGUCGACUUCAAUAUUCAACUCCCCGCCAUUCCUGGCACCAACGUCGGGGAAAGCGUCGAGAUCUUGCGCCACAAGAACAGGUCACCUGAGAGAUAUUGGUUCGGUUUGCAGGUUGGCGAGGGUGCGAACCGACAUGUUGAACGCUUCGAGUGGCGACGCUCCCACGGCAGCGAAGUCAAGAGUGUAGGAGAAUCCAAGUGGGGAUGGAAGCUGGUACGCGUUGGAAACAUUGUGGACGAUCCUAACGACGACGCUGAAGCUUCUGGCGAGGAACCAGAUCGCCCUGAUGGCUUCACGAGCGAUGGAAAGGAGGUUGUCGCUGUAUGGGCCGACAGCGGCAGCUGGAAGAGCAUGUCGAAGAUUGGAACGUUUGAGCUCCGAGGGAGUGGUCUUACGGGAGAACUGGGUACGCAGUGGGCAGUUAUGGCUCUUUUGAGUUGCAUGUGCCAGUGGCAAGCGAUGAUGAUGGCAUCUCAGACAACGACAGCA